AUGGCCCUCGCGGCUAAUACUAGCGCGCUGACAGACGAGCUAAUCGUCACCGUAGCAAAUACCUCGGAUAGAAAGGCAUUUGACCCAUCGCGUUUUAACAGCCUAAAGCGUCGUGUGGAAGAGUCGUUCAAGUCUGGACAGCAUGGACGUACGGACCAGUUCGCUGUUGCAAGACAGCUCGAAGGCCUACAGGAGAAAUUCCAGGUCCUAAACAAAGAUGAACUCGCAGAUGCGCUUCGUUCUCGCUUGAAUGAGCUGGAAAAUCACCGGAGUUCGUGGUUCCCGGAGAUUUUAUCGCUGCUCAUACAGCUGUCGGAUCGUCCUGCUCAACUUUCACGAGUAGACCGACUCGAGGCGCUGAAGCCCCCAGAAGCUGAGAAGUCGCUUUCUUGGACAGAGCUGGAUGCCUCGGAGUCUGCAUAUAAUGACGAUGAAAUUUGGCAAGAUGUAGAUUAUGGUGCUGAAUCUUCCGAUGACGAUGUUUCGUCACUACCCAGUGAAACAUCUGUGCCUCGGACUUUUCCUCGAAGUCCUACAGGCCCUGAAGAGGACUACGUGAUCCCAGAGGAGCUUCUCUUUUCCGGAGAAGAUGAGAAUCUGAUCGCUUCAAUAAAAGCUGUUCAAUUCUGGAAAGACGAAAACACCUCGGUUCUUCCCCAACCUGGAGAACUACCUUCUCUCCCCAUCACAGAACUUCAGAUCAUACGAGAAACAAUAUUUAUGCUACAAGGUCUUCCUACAUCUCUAUCCUGGCGCCUUGACGAUGGUGUUAAGGUGGAUCAGAGAUAUGCACUUACGCAUUCGUCAAACGAGGCCCUCUCGUCAUUAUUACGUUCCUUUAGCUUGAUAGGGACCAAAUUAGAUACCUUGAGAGGGUUCACCAAAAUUCAACAGUCCAUACCCUAUAUGCAGACCUUUCAUCGAGGGAUUGAAGCGUGUCUCUCUACGUUUGACACUUCGUUGUCAAACAUGCAAUCACGAUACAUUUCACAAAAACUAACCAUAUCCAUAAGCUUACUGCAAUUGCUUGAAGAUAUCAGACACGAGUCAAAAUUGCCAUUAUUAUUGGCGGAUCUUGUUUCUAGCCUCAAGCGCAGUGAUCCCAGUCGGCCCAUGCAAUGCCUUGAUUUGCUAUAUGACCUAGUUUGCAUGAUGCAAGCUACUGGCGAUGAUAAUGAAUUCCGAUACCUAGCUGAAUUAUUCUUUUCCUGUUUUGAAACAUACGCACGCCCGCUCAGGCAGUGGAUGGAAACUGGGCGGCUGGACUCGGUAGAUGAAACUUUUUUCAUCCGCGACACUAGUAAAAACAGUGAUCUACGUACCCUUUGGCAUGACUGGUACACACUGGAUGAGGCUUCAAGUCUUUUGACUACUCCCAAAUUCCUGCAACCUGUUGCUCACAAGGUCUUCACAACCGGUAAAAGCAUGGUUUUCCUGCGACACUUGGAUGUCCUUGCCGGAAAUGCAGACAAUUUGAAGAAGAUUAAAUUGAGGUUUGAAGAUCUAUACCCCAAGGAUACUUCAGCUUCUCUUUGUCUUCCAUUCUCCGUAUUACUGGAGUCCGCUUUUGAGAAAUUGAUAACUGCAAGCCAUUCUGUUACUUCAGACCUGCUGCGAAAAGAACUUGAUGAGAGGUGCGGGUUGUGGAUAUCCCUGCAGGCUUUAGAGCACAUUUACCUUUGUAAGGAUAUCAGCGUUCUAGGGACUAUUGAUAGUAAAAUUUUCGAUCUGAUCGACCGAGGAAGAGGCGCCUGGAAUGACAGGUUUUUACUCACCGAACUGGCACAGAGUACAUUCAGCAUCCUGCCCUUCAUCGACCCAUCCAGACUCAUCGUGCGAUCAUCUAAGGCUCCAUCUCGCGACCUAGAACUCGGCCGGUCUGUCAAGAUCCUCCAAGCUCUAUCAUUUGAUUAUGUCCUACCAUGGCCUGUCGCAAACAUCAUCACCAAAGAUGCCAUUUCCACCUACCAGCGCAUCUCGACAUUCCUGAUGCAAAUCCGCCGGGCCAAAUACGCCAUAGUCAAACAACGACUUCAGUACUCCGAAAGCGAACGUGAUGGAAACCAUGACACCCUGGGCUAUGUCAUACAACACACCAUGCUAUGGUUCGUUGACGUUAUCUACGGCCACAUGACAGAACUCGUCAUCUCAACAACCACCGAGUCAAUGCGCAAAGCCAUCUCAUCUUCUCACGAUGUCGACGCCAUGAUAGCAGACCACUAUGCCCAUAUGACCUCCCUGGAAAACCAAUGUCUGCUGUCAAAUCAAUUCCUCCCCCUCCAUAAUGCAAUCAUCAACCUCCUAGAUCUUUGCGUCCACUUCGCAGACAUUCAAGCCACACACCACGGCCAAGAUCAUUUCGACCACAUAACCCGCACCCCAAACAAACACAGAACCCCGUCCCGCACUCCCCGGAAAAAGUAUGCCCACGUCUCCGACGACGAAGACCAAACCGACGAAGACGAAGAUGAAGACAUGGAUGAAGAAGACGCUGCUUCAGACCCGGGUAACACGACUGGCAUCUCCUUCUACGAAGCGCCAUACGCGCACCGUUUGCGUAAUGUCAAGAAUGAAUUCGACCAGCUUGUUUCUGCACUAGCGGCUGGCUUGAAGCGCGUGGGUCGCGUUGAUGGGAAAUUAAGCUGGGAGAUCUUAGCGGACAAGUUGGAGUGGAGAAGGUAAUGGCUUCUUUCAUGCCUUGAGACU